AUGUGUAUGAUUGGCGAAAGACUGAGGGAAUGGAGUCCUUUGGCUGAAUGGUGGUAUAAUACCACCUACCAUUCAUACAUUCAUAUUUCCCCUUAUGAAGCAGUUUAUGGACAGCCACUGCUUUUGCACCUUCCUUGCUUUGCUGCGGAAUCAUUGGUUGCCACAGUAGAUAGAAGUUUGCAAGCUAGAGGGGCUGCCCUUAAAAUGCUCAAGUACUAUUUGCGACGAGCUCAGGAGAAGAUGAAAGUGAUGGCACAUAACAAAAAGAUUGAAAGGGAAUUUCAGAUAGGAGACUGGGUAUAUUUGAAGUUACAGCCCUAUAGGCAGCAAACUAUUUGUAAUUGGAGUUGUCUUAAGCUAGCUGCCAGGUACUUUAGGCCAUUUCAGGUGCUGGAAAGGAUUGGUAAGGUGGCAAAUAAGUUGCAGUUACCACCAGGUUCACAAGUUCAUUCAGUUUUUCAUGUAUCUCAGCCCAAGCAACAUGUUGGCAAUCAACCUGCUCAAGCUCAACUUCCUGUUCUGGGAAUGGAUGGUACAAUUGUCAAGGAACCAAAUGUAUUUGAAAUUUUACGAGGAAUUCCGAAAUUUCAGGAGGGUGGCAAAUUACAUGUGCUUUCUGGGCAUUCAUCUGCACUUUGCCUAUCAACUGAUGCUAAAUCACAAACCUGUCUUUAG